UUCAAGCUUCUAAGCUUGUGGGUGAAUUACGUUCACAUGAAGUUUAACAGAUCAUUUUCUUCUCAAAAACGACCUGACGGAUUCUGAUCAAAUUUUUUUUAACAAGGUGUAUUUGAAAGAGUUAAGAACACCCACAGGAUUUCAUCCAAAUCGUUUAGCAGUUUUUGAGAAAACAUUUUUGAUGUAUGGUGACCCUUAAAUUCGAGAACAUUUAAGAAAGAAAUCCUAGACCUUAUCAAAAAUUUCACCUGUACUAAAUCUCAACUAAAUCCUCCAAGCCGUUUCAUUUGCCUUUGAAAAGAAAAAGACAUAUGUAGGUCAACGAAGGGCCUAUAUAUUUCAUCGCAGAGUUCCGGAAAAUAAAAUCUCAAAAACUGCAGUUGCAAUACUUGCUCUAUGACUAUAACUUCUAUAGGUAGAGCAAGUAAAAGUAAUACAUAUAUAUACAAUCAAUAUGAAAUAUAAAAUUAAUAAAAAAAUAGUAUAUUUUCGAAAAUUAAUCGCAAUUUAUCUUUGCUGACGGGCUUAAGCAUUGAGUUUUUAAUUGUCGGAGUUCAUGUUAAUGAAAUUACAAUUUUUCUCAAAUUGCGUAGGUAAGUAAUGGAAGGUAAGUAAAAUAUUAGUGAGCUAAAUACAAAAAAAGGGAUACAAAUUUUAACUACGUAAUACAUAUUUCAAUCGAAAAUAUUUCAAAUUUUCUUAAAAUAAAAGAUUUUGCAAUGUUUUUUGCUAAUAAUUUUUCAAUAAUCUAAAAUGCUAUAAUAUCAGACGCCGCCAGAGUCCCGUUAUAUUUUCAUGGUAUGAAUACCAUUAGUGAACAAUUUUAAUAGUAUAUACCAUUAACCUUAAAGUUAAACCAUUAAAACUUCAGACUUAUAAUAGUAUAUACCAUCAACUUCAAUGGUAUCCGAUUAAAAUGUGGAAUAUUUUUUUAAAAAUUCUUGAAAUUCUCCACAUUCGUUUCGUUAAUGUCCGUGAGUGCAGACCUUUUCAAAAACUUAUAGAAUUUAUCAGAGCAUAGUAGUGAGCUAAAUAAAAAAAAGUGAUAUAAAUUUUAACUACGUAUACUACAUAUUUCAAUCAAAAAUAAGUAAGGUAGUAUUCCUUACUUUAAAUUGUCUUAAAAUAAAAGGUUUUUCAAUGUUUUUUGCUAAUAAUUUUUCAAUAAUCUAAAAUGCUAUAAUAUCAGACGCCGCCAGAGUCCCGUUAUAUUUUCAUGGUACGAAUACCAUUAGUGAACAAUUUUAAUAGUAUAUACCAUUAACCUUAAAGUUAAAUCAUUAAAACUUCAGACAUAUAAUAGUAUAUAUCAUUAACUUCAAUGGUAACCGAUUAAAAUGUGUAAUAUUUUUUUUUUUUACUGUUGGAAUUCUCCACAUUCGUUUCAUUAUUGUCCGUGCGUGCAGACAUUUUUAAUUUUAUAGAUUGAUCAGAGCAUAGUAGUGAGCUAAAUAAAAAAAUCAUUGAAAUUGGGGGUUCACAAGUUGUCUCAAUUUUUUUUCCAUCUUAAGAUCUCAAAUUUUAAGGAUUUUUUAUAAAAAUUUGUUAAGGACCAUUAUUGACGGAUAAAAAGCCACAUGAAAAACAUGAAAAAAUUCUUCAUUUUUCCGCUAGUAUAAAAGAAAGUGUUCGAUUGAAAACCCUUUUCUAUUAUUAUUUAUAAAAAGCUAUGGAUCCCUGUGCACUUGGCAAUUUAUUGCUUAUGGAAAAUGAAUGCGAAUUAGAAAAUGAACAAACCAUACAUGUGGAGGGCAGCAUUAUUCUCGAUGCAUCAUCUCUUGGAAUGCAAAACAACGCAAGCGAGCAAAAUGAACUUAAGGAAUUAAUUUGCGAAAAAUUUGGAUUCGACGAAAUUGUGUUUAAGCGUGUGGCAGACAAUGGUUUCGACUUGGAGAGCCUUUUGGUUGCAACUGAAUCGGAAAUAAACGAGUUAUUUCCAGCUCCUCUCUUAGGCACAAGGGCAAAAUUUAAGUUUCAUUUGAAUUUCUGGAGAAAGAAUCCACCGAAAAAUAUUUCUGAGGCAUGCAAGAACUGGAUUGAGUCAAAUUACUUAGAACCGAAUUCCAGUUCAGUACAUAGUAAUAUAAGUUCACCCUCAUCUUCACAUCGAUCUUUUGAAAAUGAUUCGAUCUUUUUCGACAACAACACAUUGAAAGAAUUGUUAAGCCAGACAGAGAGGGGUCAAAGCAUACUUAACUUUUAUGAUGAAGAAAAGCAUCACUCGGACAUACACUUGUUGAAAUCGACUAUAAUAUCCUGAAACCAAACAAUCAAUCGCAACUUUUCAAACUCGCCUUCAUUCAUAAAACAAAUCGUUCCCGUUAUAAAAAAAAACAAGUGAAGGAGAAAGGUUCAUGGGACUGAUCAUGGUAUAUAAUAAUAUAUGUAUAUAAUAAUUUUUUCUGUAAAAAUUAUAUU